CCGCCGGUCCGGCCCCGCCCCGGGGCCGUCUCCCCGCGGGUUCUGUUGGCCGUGGCGGCAGCUGAAGCUGUGGCGGCGGUGGCCGCGGGGUGGGCGUAAGAUGGCGACAGCGGUGGCGGGAGCCCUGGGCCUGCUGUGGGGCUGGCUGUGGAGCGAGCGCUUCUGGCUGCCCCAGAACGUGAGCUGGGCCGACCUCGAGGGGCCAGGCGACGGCUACGGCUACCCGCGGGCCCGGCACAUCCUCUCGGUGUUCCCGCUGGCGGCGGGCGUGUUCUCCGUGAGGCUGCUCUUCGAGCGGUUUAUUGCCAAACCCUGUGCACUCCAUGUUGGCAUCCAGGACAGUGGUCCUUAUCAGGCCCAACCUAAUGCCAUCCUUGAAAAGGUGUUCAUAUCUGUUACCAAGUAUCCUGAUGAAAAAAGGCUGGAGGGCCUGUCAAAGCAACUGGACUGGGAUGUCCGAAAAAUCCAAUGCUGGUUUCGCCAUCGGAGGAAUCAGGACAAGCCCCCAACGCUCACUAAAUUCUGUGAAAGCAUGUGGAGAUUCACUUUUUAUUUAUGUAUAUUCUGCUAUGGAGUUAGAUUUCUCUGGUCGUCGCCUUGGUUCUGGGACACCCGACAAUGCUGGCACAGUUACCCUUAUCAGCCUCUCACAAAUGGGCUUUAUUACUAUUAUAUCAUGGAAUUGGCUUUCUAUUGGUCUCUUAUGUUUUCUCAGUUUACAGACAUUAAAAGAAAGGACUUCCUGAUCAUGUUUGUGCAUCACUUGGCCACCAUUGGGCUCAUUACCUUCUCCUACAUCAACAACAUGGUUCGAGUGGGAACUCUGGUCAUGUGUCUACAUGAUGCCUCAGACUUCUUGCUGGAGGCAGCCAAGCUGGCCAAUUAUGCCAAGUAUCAGCGUCUCUGUGACACCCUUUUUGUGAUCUUCAGUGCUAUUUUUGUGGUGACUCGUCUAGGAAUCUAUCCAUUCUGGAUUCUGAACACGACCCUCUUUGAGAGUUGGGAGAUGAUCGGGCCCUAUCCAUCCUGGUGGCUCUUCAAUGGCCUUCUCCUGAUCCUACAGGUUCUGCAUGUCAUCUGGUCCUACCUAAUUGCACGAAUUGCUUUCAAAGCCUUGAUCCGAGGAAAGGUAUCUAAGGAUGAUCGCAGUGAUGUGGAAAGCAGCUCAGAAGAAGAAGAUAUGACCAGUAGCACAAAAGGCCCCUGUGGCCGCAGCUCCAGCAAUGGUGCCGGUCGGGUGAAUGGUCACAUGGGAGGCAGCUACUGGCUGAAGAGUAAGGUGGUUGGUAUGGGGACUUCAGCAUAGAUGGACUCGUAGGGCUGCUGGCAACCUACUCCUCUGGGCCUCCCCGCAUCUGCACUCCUGUGACUAGGGCGUGUGCAGGGCACUGAGGAGAAUCAAAGAAGCAAAUAUUUUCACUUUUUUAAAAAAACUCUGCCAUUUUGUAUUUAAUAGCCUCCAGGUUCUUUCAGUAAUGUUAUUUGCUCUGUGUGUGCGCGUGCGUGUGUGCAUAUGUGUGCACAUGUGCAUAUGCAUUUGUGCAUAUGUGUGAGUUUCGUUGCCUAGGUUGGAGCACAAGCCUGGUCCCCUUUGAACCCACCUCAAUCCCAGAUUUGGCUGCAUCUUGAAUUAUGCUGGCUCCAGAGAGUCCCCUCCCUUGUUGCCCAUGGCUCUUGAAGUUCUGGCCUUCUGAAUGGAGCAGCUAAGUUCACUCCAGGUUUCUGCACUGUUCCUCCUUUGGAGAUGGAAUAUUUCACACGACGUUAUAUAGAAACAGACAACCAUGAAUGGAUGGCCAGGAUUGCUGUGGCCCCUAGCUAGGUCCCCUUCCUGCCACCUGGUAGUGAUGGACAGCUGCUGAUAGAUACCCUGCUCUUUAUUCAGUGGUACGCAGGGAGUUGGGGGGUGGGAGGAACAGGUGAGCUGAGGGCUGGAGGACAACAGCCACUGGGUGAGUUGUUAACGGUUUAUACUAUUGUUUACUCUUCUGUGAUUAAAAGUGCUUCAACCCUCAUCUGCUGUCUCAACCUCUUUAGUGACCCUGUCCCCAAUCCCCUGAACCCAUAAUCUAAUUAAGAACUUUUUCACGUCUGAUUCUAGAGGCCAUUGGACACCAAGUUUUUCCUUUCUGUGCAUGCUGGAAAGAGAGCGCCUGCAUUUUAGGGCUUUAUAUUUUAAGAAAAAAUAAACAUGUGUAGUGACCAUAAGAAAAAAUACUGAGCAGAUGAAAGCAUGUAUAUUACUAAAGCAACAAAGGCUGUGGUUGAAGAGCUAAGACACCUUGAGUAUUUCCUGUAUUUCCCAUUUUAUUGAAUACAGAGACUGCCAGUUAACAUCUUAAGAUUGCGAUAACUGAGCUUCCAAGAAAGGGACACAAAAGAUGCAAAGGUACUGAAAACAAGAGCAGAAGGCAAAACAGCUGAUGCAGUUAUUGAAGGGAGAGGAGAAUAUACCCUAAGGACUUGGGUUUUAAUGCUGACAAGAGACAAGAUUGUGGCCCCAUGCAGAAAGCUGAAACUGAGACCUCCAGUUAAAGCUGGGACCCGGAAAGAGCAACAGCAAAAGGGGGAAGCUAUCAAAAAUUCACACAGUUAGCAAAAGGAGAAAGCAAAGAAAUUUGAAUGCUUGGGCUUGUGGGGUCAGGAUGCUCCUGAGAAUUUUCUCAGUUUCUGGGCCCACACUUCAUGUGAAUCUGAGAACCUGAAUGUAUACUUCCUGUGUGGUCUGGGAAACAUCACACCUCCAACCCCAUCCCCAGGGAAUUGGUUCAUAUGGUUUUGGAGGCUGAGAAAUCUCAGGAUCUGCAGUCAGCAAGCUGGAGAUCCAGGAAGGCUGAUGGUAUAGUUCCAAUCUGAGUCCAAAAGCCUGACAACCAGGAAAGCCGGUGGUGUAAGUCACAGUCCAACUCCAUAGGCAGGAGAAGACCAGUGUCCAGCUCAAAGACAGUCAAGUAGACAGAAAGACUGCCCUCUUACUCCAUCUUUUUUUAAAAAUUAAAGUAUUGUUGAUUUAUAUUA